CACACACACACACACAGCUACCCCUACCUCCUUCCCUUCUCAGUUUCAGUGACUGGUUAGUAAUGGCAGCUACUGAGGACCCCUAAACCACUCUGGCAAUUUAAGGAGAAAUGCGUCGUCUAAAAUGGAUUAAGUCGUUAACAGGAAUGUCAACAGUCCAGUCGUGAGCUGUAACGACAGACAGAAGAGGAUCCAGUGGCGUAUAUCUUUUCAAACCGCAGCGUCUGUCAGUCUAUCUGUGUGAAGUGUAUUUGUUGGGGUAAGAGAGACGUCGAUUAGCAUUAGCGCUGUUAGCUUCGCUGCUGCUUUCGCCUGCCGCUGCUCCUUUCGCAGCCGAGCUUUCGCGCUCUUCCCGCCGCAUUCCGUCCCGCUCCGCCCCGCUCUGCUCUGACGCGCUGCCGAGGCUUCUGCGGCCUGCUGCUACCGCUGUGUGCCGCAGGUCAUGAAAAGCUGCUUUUGUCCGAAAAGGAAGGACGCUGUGCAUUUUACAAAUUCCUCCAUGAUGCCUGAGGUGCGGGACCUUUCAGACGCCCUGCCAGAGAUGCCCAUGGACCCGAUCACUGGCGUAGGGGUUGUGGCCUCAAGAAACAGAGCUCCCACCGGCUAUGAUGUGGUUGCACAAACCACAGAUGGGAUUGAUGCAGAUUUGUGGAAAGACGGUCUGUUCAAAUCCAAGGUGACCCGCUAUCUGUGCUUCACCAGGGCUUUCUCCAAAGAGAACAGUCAUUUAGGAAAUGUGCUUGUAGACAUGAAGCUCAUCGACAUCAAGGACACGCUGCCUGUGGGAUUCAUUCCCAUUCAGGAAACUGUGGACACACAGGAGCCGGCGUUCAGGAAGAGGAGGUUAUGUAUCAAGUUCAUCCCGAGAGACUCCACUGAAGCUGCCAUCUGUGAUAUCCGUAUCUUAGGACGCUCUAAACAGGCGCCGCCACAGUAUACGUUCAUAGGAGAGCUGAACAAUAUGGGGAUCUGGUACCGCAUGGGAAAGGUGCCACGGGCCCAGGAUUCUUCACCUGUACAGAACAACUCCACCACCAACAACACCAAUAACAUCCAGACUGUCACCAACAACUCCACUCCAGCGCCAGUCUUGCCCAAGCACAUAUCCAUGACCCUGCCGGCAUGUUUCAGAAAAAGCACAACCAGACCAGACUUUGAACACCAGAACUCCAACCUCUAUGCCAUCUCUGCUAUGGAUGGAGUGCCUUUCAUGAUUUCGGAGAAGUUUGCGUGUGCCUCCAGUGAUCUGCAGCAGGUGGAUCUAAUGGGCAUCAGAAUCAAAUCGCUUGCAGAGAUUGAGAAGGAGUAUGAAUAUAGUUUCCGGACGGAGCACAGCGCCGCGGCCCGUCUGCCGCCCAGUCCCACCAGAACAUCUCUGGGCUCCGAAGCCUAACGCUCACGCGCCAGACGAAAGAGAUCUUCUGGCUUCUGAAGACCUGAUCUGAGCAGAGACUCAUCCGCCUCUCUGAAAGUACAACAGAAACCUACUAGUUCGACAGAGGGAAUAAUAAGGAUAUUGUUCGCUUUUUUUGCAUACAAUUAACAAAUAUUUCAUGUGGUCAAGUUCAGUCUGUCUUAAGUUGAUGCUGCUUUUACCUAAAGAGCUUUGGACAUGAGCGAAUCUGCAUCGCUACAGUGAUCAAAUCAAAACCACUACCGUGUUUCUUUUGUUAUGCGACAAGAAUUGUGUCUGAAGUUGUGUUCCGACUUAUUCUGGCUGCUGGACUGAGUUGCUGUUACCGCAAUGACUUUAUAUGAAGGGUCACACUUGGACAAACCCUUAUUUGAGCCCCAGAGUCUGUGUUCAUGCAUCAUGCAUAGAUUUGGAGGAGUAUUUUUAUUUUUUUUAUUUUUUCGUUCACUUGCUCGGUUUUAAUUAGAUCGCGGUGACUGCAUGACUUCAGUUUGUUCUUUUGUUUGGAAAUGGAGCUCAGUUCACUGCACUGUUACAGGACUUCUGAAAUAUUUCAAUAUUUUUGUGUUUGUCUGGAAAAAGAGAUUAGAACAAAAACACUCUGACUCUGAACAAACCCUUGUACAUAGACAAGCGAUGAUUCAGGAAUGCGUUGUUUUAGUAUUGUGUUUGUAACGUCUCUCCUGAACUGAUCUGUCACUCCAGUCACCACUGCUAAUGUUUUACUGAGAUUUUACUCGAAAUCUUUCGGUCUCGUGUUAUGAUGUUCAAUGGUGCUCGAGCACUUGGAUAUUGUUUCUGCAAGUCCAUUUGUGUCCACAUUUUAUGGUGGUAUUUUUUUCUUUUUUUUUUAAAUAAGCAAGUUAAUAUUUCCACAGUCAUAUUUCAUCCCAAGAUUUGAAGAAAUAAGUAAGAAAUAAAAAUUUUCUUAAAGAUUUAAACUUAUUUUAUGCUCAAAUACUCAUUACUGUAAUACAAAAAAGUUCAUGCCACUUAUUUAAAUCAUCAUAAAUUCUGUAAAACAAAUAUUUUAUUUUUUUUAUUACAGACUUUGUGAUUUUAAAUAAUGUGCAGUUUUUCCAUAUCACAUUAAUUAAACGUUUGGUAACACUUUACUUAAAGCAUUUAUGCAUAAUGCAUUAUAAAGGUAUUCAUAAUAUACAUCGUAAUGCAUUAUCUUUUCAUAAAUAAUUGUAACCAAAGUUAAAAUGCAUUAUAAUAUUUUAAAGUUUGUUUGUUGUACUCAUACGAGGCAUAAUUAAUGCAUUACAGCUACUUUUAUAAUGCAUUUUAUAUAUAUAAAGGCUUUAAAGUGAUUCCAGAUGUUUUUUUUAUUGCAGUAAUGGGAAUUUGGGGAAAAUUAAAAAUGUUAAAAUGCAAAAGAAAAAAAAAAGUGCAACUCUUGCUUUUUUAUGCAAAAUAUUUCUCAUUUCUUUCUUUUGAUUUUCAGGAUGAGCUGAACAUUUCUUGACCAUUUUCGUGAGAUUCUGCUGAAUAUCCAGAACAAACGUCAUCAUUUGCCAUUCGGUUUUAGUAAACCAUGCAGUCCAGAAGCAGUGCACACAGUGAAGUCUUGAGUCACGUGAUUUGCUCCGUGUGAUUAUUGGUGAAAGUACAGUGUUAUUAUUUCAGAACGCCCUGCUGAAACAGUCAUCUCAGGUGAAAGUGUUCAGCUUGGAAACACUGAGUGAUUUAAAGACAGUCCAUUCAGAUGGUUUGACACCUUCACUGUGAGACUUCAAUCAAACACUCAGAUCAGUUUUCGUUUUCUUACAGUGUGGAUUAUAAUGUUCAAGCAGCUAUAUUAUUGUUACAUGUUCUAACCACUAUUUUGACUUUUUAUUAUGAUUUUUAUUUAAAUUCUGUUUUUAAAUCUGAAAUUAACCACAAAUCUUAUAUUCUCUUCAUGUCUGUGGCAGUCAGCAGACUUUCAAAACUGAUUUUUCUGGCAUCAGUCGAGCCUGUUUUUGGCUCAUUAGCAAGCCGUUUUUUAUUUCUGUUGAAUAUAAUUUAAAAUCCAAGAAUUUGUCUAACCUGUCUGGAAAACCAGUCCCAGGUUAAUACAUCUAGGAAGCAUAAUUAUAGUUUAACAUCAUAUCUGAAGUUGUCCAAAAUUACACGCUGAUGUUGAUGUCAGUUUUUCAUUUGUUUAUUUAACUGAAAGUCCCAUAGGAAUGCAUGCAGAGUUAUCUGUUUUUUCAACAUUAAAAUGAGGAUUUAAUUUGCUAUUUCGUUGUACUCGUUCAUCUAAUUAUUUAAUGAUUUUAUAUGAAGACUAAUUUAAAUGUUUAGGAAUGUAGCUAUAUUUUUCCCCAAUAUUUUUUUUUAAUGUUAUGUUGGGAAUAGUUGAGUGUUUGGUCACAUGAACAAAUAUAAUAAAACAUGUUUAGUUACUGCGCUGCGCAAAUAAACUCCUGUUCACAAUUUUAUAAACCGUUUAAUGUGUAUCAUCCAGUUCAAGUCAUUGUUUUGCCUCUUGAUGAACCUGCUGUGUGUUUGUCAUUUGCAUUGUCAACUGAUUUGAAUUUUCUUUCUUGUAUAAAUGUGAUUGCCAUUGUUGAA